UUGAGGCCACUGACUCGCGGGUAACAAUGGAAACAUCUUCAGUCCUGCUUGUUUGUGUCCUGGUGACUUGUUCAGUUUGGACAGUCCAUGGGAGAUCCUUCAAGGUCAACAUUAAUGAUGAGGAGCAGACGGAUAUGGAAGUCUCCGUGGAGGCGGGCAAGCUUCCAGGUGUAUGCUGGGCAUGCAAGUGGGCUCUGAACAAGGUGAAGAAGUCCGUUAGUCAGAACGCCACUGUAGAGAAAAUGAAAUCAAAGUUGUUGAGCGUCUGCGAUCAAAUUGGCCUCUUGAAAAGUCUGUGCCGCAAAUUUGUGAAGUCCAACCUCGCAGUAUUAGUUGAGGAACUCACCACCACCGAUGAUGUGAGGACGAUCUGUGUUAACACCAGAGCCUGCAAGCCAAAGGAGUUGUUGGACCUGAUCCCUUAUUCAGGCGAUGAAGAUACACAAGUUGAAAUUAAUGUGUAUCCCCGACGUCUUAUGCAUGGCUGAUAGUUGGAGAGACAUGGGUACGACAUACAACAAAGGUCACUGGCUGGAAUCAAACCAGGGAUGUUGCAGUUAUGUGGUAUGCACAGUGACCCCUCGGCUACCGGGGUGCUCUGCUUAAUUUGUAGGAAAAAAACUAACUAACCAGCUGACAAAAUUUUUAAAAAAUUCUGUUUUAGUGAAUGAUUAAGAGCGCAUAAAAGUAUAUCAUGAAGGAUUUCUAAUGAUCUUUCAGUUUUCUCUUUGUCACUGCAUUAACUUUAUGUUGCAUUAUUUUCUUUUACCUUUUAUUACUUUGCAAUGCCUGUUAUGUUUAUUCCCAUGUCUGUAUCAGUUCACAGCUGAUAUCAA